GAAUGGGUGGCAGAUUUUGAGAAACCCAGGGGCAACCCAUCUGCGUUUUUAAGGCCUGCCACAACUGUCUUAUCUCCCUACUUAAAAUUUGGCUGUCUCUCUUGUAGAUAUUUCUAUCAGUCAAUUCAGGAAGUUCUAAGAACUGUUAAAAAGCACACAUCUCCACCUGUUUCUCUUCUUGGACAGCUGCUUUGGAGAGAUUUUUUCUACACAGCUGCUUUUGGAACUCCUAGUUUUGAUCGUAUGAGGGGCAAUAAAAUAUGCAAACAGAUACCUUGGAAUGACAAUGAUGAACUGCUAGCUGCUUGGAGAGAUGCUAGAACAGGAUUUCCUUGGAUUGAUGCCAUAAUGGUCCAGCUGAGAAAGUGGGGUUGGAUGCAUCAUCUGGCACGGCAUUCUGUAGCAUGCUUUCUCACUCGCGGAGAUCUGUUCAUCCAUUGGGAGAAAGGACGUGAUAUUUUUGAGAGAUUACUAAUUGACUCAGAUUGGGCAAUCAACAAUGGGAAUUGGCUGUGGCUCUCUUGCUCUUCAUUUUCAUACCAGUAUCACCACAUUUAUUCUCCAGUUUCAUUUGGGAAGAAAUAUGAUCCCAACGGAGAGUACAUAAGGCAUUUUCUCCCUGUAUUAAAAGACAUGCCCAAGGAGUAUAUUUAUGAGCAAUGGACUGCUCCUCUCUCUGUACAACAAAAAGUGAAAUGCGUUAUUGGAAUAGAUUAUCCAAAUCCAGUGGUUUCACACGGUUCAGCUAGCAAAGAAUGCUGUCAGAGACUUAGUGAAGCCUAUGAAAUGAACAAAAAGUUAAAUGGCACAGUGAGGGAUGAAGAUUUAAAUGACCUAAAAAGGAAACUUGAAGCUGGAUAUAAGAAGGCCCUGGAUCGUAAAACCAAGAAGCAAAAAUGAAGGCUAUUCAAUGAUUAACCCGCCUAUUUUCCGUUAGUUGAACAUAUGUUACCCUGCUUAAUUUGAUGUUUUGGGGGGUGACAACACUUACAUUCUAAAGACAUUCUUAUUUGACACCUCCAUUAGAUAAUGAAAACUGAAAAGUUGAACUUAUAUGCAAUCGUCGAGUGGAGAUGUGGUAUAUACUUAUAGACGAAAGUUCCUGUCUGGCCAAGCCGGAGGAACCCCCUGUCCGGCCACCUCAAUUUGAGGUGGUUCUGGGGGUAUUUUUGGCUGAAAAAUUUUGUGUAUGUUCCUCAUCAAGUCUAGUUCAUCCAUACCAAAUUUGAGCAAAAAAAUUCAACCGGGAAGGUCGUCAAAUGAUUUUUGCAUGAAAACUGCGUUUUAUAUGUAUAUUCCGGACCAGUUUUCAUGCAAAAAUCAUUUGAUGACCUUCCCAAUUUAAUAUUUUGCUCAAAUUUGGUAUGCAUGAACUAUACUUGAUGAGGAACAUACACAAAAAAAUUCAGCCAAAAAUACCUCGGAACCAACUCAAAUGGAGGUGGCCGGAGGAGCCUCCUGUCCGACCAGGCCGGACAUGAAUGUUGCUCUAUACUUAUAUAGGAACGUCUUAGUAUGUCCAAAUUGAAUGUUGAUCUUGCAUUACAUUUUAGAGAUCAGUGGACCACUUCACAAGUUCGUGUAAACUUGUCUCAUUUAAAAUAUAUCGUGUAUAUAUACUCACACUUUGAUGUAAUAGGACAAGGAAUAAUCAAUUCCAGAUCACUUGUUUUAUA